AUGAAGCCAAGAGGAGUAUGGCGUGUUGGUGUGUUGGCAGUGAUUGCAGCCGCCAUGGCAGCGGCCAAUCCUGCCAGCGGUAGUAGAAGGACCACCAAGGACGGACGCAAGCUCCAAGUCGAUUGCUUGGAGUCGAAUAGCGAUGCAACCGAGACCAGUCGUAGUAGUAGUAGUGUCAAUUGCAGCACCAGCAGCCAAGAACUACUGUCUGUCAGGAUCCCCAAACCCAUCUCGGAUCACACGGCGACGUUGGUGGGCGAUGAAAAUGGCGCCCUCAUUUAUCUGGCAGGUGGUUGUGACGAUCCCUAUGGCAACAACAUGCAUGACCCAACCUUUCAGAUUUUCUUGUGCGGUUCCAUCUCCGAUUCCUUCUACGCAUUUAACCCGCUAACCGAAGAUUUCAUCAGUCUGCCUCCUAUGCCAGUAGCCCGCUAUCGACACGCCGCUGUGGCCAUCAAAAAUCAACUCGUAUUGUUGGGAGGAAGGACACUCGCAGAUGACCUGAUUCCACAGGUAGAUGUGUUUGACAUGAAUUCCCAAAGCUGGUUUUCCUUUGCGCUUUCGUCGGAUGUCGUGGCAGCGUCUGAUCUGGCUUUUUGGGACAAUGGCACACAUGCCUUUUUUGCAGGUGGAUAUGAUGUCACCUAUACCGCCUUGAAGCAAGUGUUUAGUUUGCACAAUUUACAUAUUGGAGCGUUCACAGUGACUCGUCUGGCAAAUCUUGUGGAGGCACGUGGGGAUGCGGCCGGUACUAUUAUCCAUUCCUCGGGAUAUGCCUAUGUGGGAGGUGGCUUUACACACGAAAACAAUUUUUGUGCGCCCCUGGCCAGUGUGGAACGAUACAGCCUUGUGGACGACUCUUGGAUGGGCGUGGCGGACCUACCGGAUGCGCGUGCAGACAUGGUCCUGGUCAGUCUCCAGGACACGGUUGUUGCCAUGGGAGGAGAACGUCAGGUGGAAGACAUUUGCGACCUUGUAGAUCCCGAACCAAGUGAUUUGGUGGUGGCCGUGGACGAUGUUGCCGUGUUGGAGGAGAUGGAUACCAUGUGGCGGAGCAUUGACUCUUUGGCAGUCCACAGGUUUCGAUUUGCGGCUGUGGUGCACAACGACACAAUCUACUCGUUUGGAGGACAAAUGGCCUACGACGAAGAAUGCGAGUGUCUGGCAACGACAGAUGAGGUGAUUGCGUAUACGGCAACAAGUGCCCCCGCGCCAACGUUUGCUCCCGUCACACCCGUCCCCACGUUUCCCACGGAUACCCCACGAGACAUGGCGGUGCGUAUGGAACUGGAACGCGUCGUUGGCGGGGUAGUCAACAAUAUCGUGGGACCAUACAAGAUGGCCAUGGAUUGGAUCCUGUAUGACGAUCCCAUGCAACUGCAGCAAUACGAUACAAACUUGGUUCAGCGAUACAUUCUGGCCCUGUUCUACUACCAGACAUCACAGGAUGCUCCAUGGGUAUCCUGCAAUCCUCCGGCUGCCGGCGAAAUGAUACAGAUUCUGUGUGACACAGGUUUUCGGAGAAGAGUCAUUGCGAUUGAUCUUGUGGGGCAAGACCUUGGAGGAACAAUGCCAAGCGAGUUGAGGCACCUUGAAUACUUGUUGUGGCUUUCACUGAGUUUCAACCAGUUCUCGGGAGAAAUUCCAGACGAGUAUGGGCAAUGGCCAUACCUCACGAUCUUUGAAGUCAAUUCAAACUUGCUAACGGGGCAAAUUCAUCGGAAAUCUUUGACCAACGCAAUCUUCUUCAACUGGAUCUGUCCUUCAACGAAUUCAGUGGCACUUUGCCCUCGACCAUCGGCAAACUACUUCUCUCCACUCCUUAUUCUGAUGAACCUUGGAUUGAGCGGAACCGUCCCUACUGAAAUUGGCCUGAUGGAAGACUUGAGAAACCUUUGGUUGUAUGACAAUGCUCUCCUCGGUGGUCCAGUGCCGUCCGAGAUAGGUCAGCUGAAUCUCCUCCAGGGAUGA